AGACAAAAUCCACAUUACUUAUUGGAGUUAUGUAACCUUAGUGGCUCAAAGUGACUUAAAAGGGCAUAUGCUUAGCUUAACCAAACCCACUUAGAAAGUUUGUGUCGAAACAAUCUACAAGUGGGAUAACCCGUGUGAGAUUUAAGUCUACAAAUGUCCAUUUCACAAUGUUUCACAUCUGAUUAUCAUGAGCAAGCUAUCACCACUUUUUUUCAUUCUUGAGCUAAAUCAAUUAAAAGUCCUUUAAUGUCAUCCAACCAUUUAAUAAAAUUAGCUUUUAUUCUAAUUGGAUAAUAACCCAUAGAGAAACAAGAAGCAAGAAAACCAUGGAGAAGAAAUCAUAGCUUUGAAGAUCAUACCAUCCCUUCUAUGCUCUUUCAUGACUCCAAAGAGGGAGGGAGAGAGAGAAAGAAAGGAAGGGGUGGGUAACAUAAGAGAGUACAUUUGUACUAAUCUUUAUGUAAUGAAAUAUCUCCUAUAGCCUUGUGAUAUAUAUUAUCUGAGAAGCUAAAGAAAUUAGCUUCUUUUUAAGUUUGGAUUAAUGGGCAGAAGAAAAUCUCAAGAUGUUGAACAUGAGAACAAAGCUGUGAUGUUCUGUAGCUCUGGGAUAAACAUUCAGCAACUGAGUCCUGAUGAGAAAAUUUACUGUACUGGAGGCUUAUUUGCAAGUGUUGGUCAAGUGGGAAUGGGAUUUGGUGUUUCACCAAGUCCUUUAAAGCCAAGGAACAUCAUAUUGAAACUCCCAAACACCAAUUCUUACAUGAAAUAUGUUUCAGUUACUAAAUCUGGUUUUCAGUUAAGUUGGGUUCCAGAGUUAGAGGCAGAAAAGGUUUUGGAGUUUGGAGAAGUGAAGGCAAAAAAGAAUGACAGAGGUGGCUUUAAACUGAGAAUCAAGAUUGAGAAUGACACCCUGAGGAAGUUGAUGAGUGGAGGCAUUGCUGGUGCAGUGUCACGCACUGCAGUUGCACCAUUAGAGACUAUAAAGACUCAUCUGAUGGUGGGGAGCUGCGGCUUCUCGGCUGGUGAAGUGUUCAGAUCCAUCAUGAAAACUGAUGGUUGGCAAGGCUUGUAUAGGGGAAAUCUGGUUAAUGUAAUCCGGGUUACGCCCAACAAAGCAAUCGAGUUGUUUGCUUAUGAUACAGUUAAGAAGUAUCUGACUCCAAAAUCAGGAGAGCAGAAAAAAAUCCUAAUUCCUGCCUCAUUAGUGGCAGGUGCUGUUGCUGGAUUCAGCUCAACUUUCUGUACUUACCCUCUUGAGCUGCUAAAAACCAGACUGACAAUUCAGAGAGGAGUGUAUAAGAAUUCUUUACACGCCUUAUCAAAGAUCAUCAGAGAGGAAGGAGCUGCAGAAUUGUACCGAGGCCUACUACCAAGCUUAAUUGGAGUGAUCCCAUAUGCUGCCACAAACUAUUUUGCUUAUGACACGUUGAGAAAAGCUUACAAGAGAGCUUUCAAUCAAGAGGAGAUUGGAAAUAUGAGCACUCUUUUGAUGGGUUCUUCAGCUGCUGCCAUUUCAAGCUGCGCAACGUUCCCACUUGAGGUGGCUCGGAAGCAAAUGCAGGCAGGAGCUUUCAAUGGGAGACAAUACAAAAACCUUCUUCAUGCUCUUUUAAGCAUAAUUGAAAGGGAGGGAAUUUCAGGACUGUAUAGAGGAUUAGGGCCAAGCUGCAUGAAAUUGAUCCCUGCUGCUGGAAUUUCUUUUAUGUGCUAUGAGGCAUGUAAGAGGUCAAUGUUAGAGGAAAAGGAAGAAAUUUAAGGUCCAAAGAAGCAAUUUAUUACGAAGAAUAUGAAAUAUUACUACAAGCAUUUCAAUUUA